UUUCACAGCUUGCUUUGCCAGGACUGAAACUAACUUGAUCACCGAUCAAUAUGCUCUUCUUGCCUUCAAAACUCAAAUGAGACUUGACCCUCAAAACAUUCUAGUAAACAAUUGGUCCACCACCACCCCUGUAUGCAACUGGAUUGGUGUUUCUUGUGGUGUUCGUCACCAAAGAAUCACAACUUUGAAUCUUCCCAACAUGAAUAUUAGUGGCGCCAUUUCUCCACAUCUAGGAAACCUCUCAUUCCCUGCUUCCCUAAAACUUAAUGACACCAAUUUCCAUGGUCAUGUCCCUGUGGAGUUAGCUCAUUCGCAUCGAUUGAAAGAAAUUGAUUUGGAAAAUAAUUUCUUAAGCAGGGAGGUUUCAUCAUGGCUUGGGUGA